GAAUUCAAGAUGAGUGUAAUCCAUUCCAAGACUUCUUCUUUCAAGCGGUGUUCAAACAGAGCCCGUUUACGGAAGUCAGAACAAUCGACUUCAAUCGAUGACCUGAAAGCAGAGGCCCUGGGUGCAUCCGAAUAUCCAUACUAGCGCACUGUACAGUAGGCGAGACGCAGUACGCCACAGUAGUAGUACGUCCGAAUUCUUAGUAGGCAUCGACUAGUAGGCGAAAAGUACCCGGAUGGCCUACUACCUCCACAGUAUACAACGGAUGGUCACUACGCUAUCCCACAAUUCAGCGGGAGCCCGAUAACCGUAGAAGAAGACGAGCCGCCGGGAAAAUCAAAUCGGACAAAAUGGCUGAUACGAUGGAGGUCACGGCAGCUACUUCUGCCGAUGUUUAUAAAUGUUUAAGUAGGAACUACAACAUGUAUUACAGCAUCCCAAUAUGCUGACAUCAAGAGAGCAGAUGCAAGAACGGCCCCAAAGAUCUGUCUUCCCUGGAUGACAGCCUGACCUGCAGCUUAAUCCUGUGAAAACAUCUGACAUCAUAAUUUAUGCAGCGGAGCCUUGAUCCAGAUGCAAAGAAACAACUGGAAGAAGAUGAAAAGAGAGUCAUAAGUGAUGAGCACUGGUUUUUGGACCUUCCAGAACUUAUGGCAAAUGAGCAUGUCCUUCUUAUGGAAAAAAGUGUUGUAUCCUGUGAGAAUUUGGUGUUUGGGAGAAUUUCACUCAAGGGUUUCAAUCCUGAGAUUGAGAAAUUGAUGACCGUAAGAAGUCAGAACGUUAAUGAUGAAGAGGAAAUGUCCAAAAUGGACACUGAUAUAACUGAUGAAGAAAUGGCAACAAGGUAUGCAGAUUUAGUCGACAGCAUAAAAAAGAAAUUUGCCAUGAAACGUGGGCAUUCCGUGUUGGAAGAUGAUGUUAGUUUGGAGGAAAAAACAAAGAGAGCCUUUCAGAAGCCAAAGGAUUGAGAUGACACCUGAUAAACUUUUUUUUGUGUGAUCAUACAUUAGCUUAUUUGCCUUUUUGUAAGUGUGGCCAUUUUAUUUUUGUGGGCCUGUUUUGUUAUUAAAUUGUUUGUUUGUUUUGUCUAAUAAAAAAAACAUAUAACUCUUA